AUAUAGCGUAUUAAAACCUAUUCAAUUGAAGUCCAAAUCAUUUUUAUGUUUAAUUUUCAUUAUACUUUUAAUUUUGCGUCACGAGACUCACAUUUUAAUAUUAGCUAAAAGAGGUAGCAAGCUAUACAAGUUUUGUACCUUGCAAAUGAAAUGGAAAAAACUUAUAUUCUUUUAAUGAUAAUAGUUCAUUAUAAAGUGUUUCCAGACUCCUGUAUCUGCACAAAGAAUAAUUCUGCAGGUUGUCCUAUUGGACAGUAUUUAAAGAACAUAGAAGGGGCUUUGAAAUGUGUCAACUGUCAACCAGGAUAUUAUUGUGCUGGUGGAACUGAAGGAGAAAAAAUAUGCCCGAGAGGUACCUACAACACGGGCGAAGCAAAUUUUGACCUAGCAUCAUGUAAGAUUUGUCCUGCUGGAGCAUAUUGUCCUACUCAAGAUCAAGCUAUUCCAUGCCCUUAUGGUACAUACACUAAUAAAACAAACAGCUCAUCUUGUUUAGCUUGCCCUCAAGGCUACAGCUGUCUAGUACCUUCUAACGAACCAGAAAUAUGUAAUAAGGGUUAUUAUAGUCCAGAAGGAGUUUCUUUCUGCUCUGAGUGUCCAGCUGGUUUUGAAUGUCAAGAAGGUGGUGUUCCUACCAUAUGCAAACCUGGUGAGUACUCCCCUAUUCGAUCUGCAAAAUGUAUCUUGUGUCCCAUUGGACAUAAAUGUGAGUUAGCUGGUAUGGAAGUACCUACAUUAUGUUCUGAUGGUUAUUUCACUAGUUCUACAGGGCAAACAUCAUGCUAUAUAUGUCAAGCAGGUUAUAGUUGCAUGCAUCGAAAUUCUUCUGAGAUAUGUCCUGCUGGAACUUACAGUAAACAAGGAGAUAGUGAAUGUUUUGCAUGCCCUUUUGGAAUGACUAGUGUUGCUGGAUCUAGCUCAUGUCAAAAAUGUACAUCUAAACAGCUUUGUGCUGCACCAUCAAGUUUCAUGAAACCAUCAGGUGAAUGCCCUUUUGGGUAUUAUUCAAGUGAAAAUGGUUCUUGUUUGUGGUGUCCAUAUGGUUCAAGAAUAAUAUUAAAUGGUUCAGGGUGUAUUCCUUGUGAUCCUGGCUUCUUUUGCCCAACAAGCUACUCAAUGUUACCUUGUACAUUAGGAAUGUAUUCUAUUGGAAAUGCUUAUUUAAAUUGCACAGUUUGUCCUCCAGGCUUUAUGUGUCAGUUUUCUAAUUCUGCUCCUGUACCUUGUUCUGGAGCUACCUAUUCAUUGGGAUUUGCUGUAUCAUGCAAUCCAUGCUUAGCCGGUUACCAAUGCCCAGGAAAUUCAGCCAUUGAACCUUGCCCAUUUAAUUUAACAAAUGGAUUUACAUACAGUACAGAUUCUAUGCUUUACUGCCUACCUUGUCCAUCUAAGUCAUCUCAUCAAGUCUGUAAAUCAAAUGAUCAACUUCCAUCUACUUGCAGUGUUGGUGAAGUUGUAGUUUCAAAUGGAACUGGUUGUGUUACUUGCUUGUCAGGUUAUAGAUGUCCAUCUCCAGCACAAGAUAUGAUUAAAUGUCCUUUAGGUAUGUGGUCAUCUCCUGGUUCAAUAGACUGUAUUCAAUGCCCAUUGGGGUUUUACUGCCCUAAUAACGAUUCAUUAGUUAUUCCAUGUCCAGAAGGAACUUAUCGUUCAACAUUUUUUCAACAAUCUUGUUUGAUGUGUCCUGGCGGUUUUUCUUGUGAAGAUCCAAGCAUUUCACCAACACCAUGCAAAUAUGGUUAUAUAAGUGAUUUAGGUUCUUCUUCUUGCAUUAUUUGUCCCGCUGGAUAUUCAUGCCCUGAUAGAACAAAUUCAUCAAAAAAUAUUUUAUGUGAAAAAGGUACAUACUCUGUUGCUGGGGAGUUAAGUUGUGUGUCAUGUUCUGAGUUUGGAGAACAUUGUUCUAAUUCUUACUCUUAUAGUUUCAUAGACUGUCCUUUGGGUUCAUACCUUUCAGGCUCAUUAUGUACAGAGUGUCCUGCUGGUUCUUAUUGCAAUAUUGGCAGCACAAGUCCAAUACCUUGCUCAGAUGGAUACUAUGCACUAAAUGGAUCAAUGCAGUGUAAUAUGUGUCCGGCUGGAUUUGAAUGUCCGAGUAAAUCUAUGUUACCAACACUAUGUCAAAAUGGAACGUAUUCAACAGGUGUUCAAACAAAAUGCACCACAUGUCCAGCUGGAAAGUACUGUCCAUCAAAAGAUCGUGCUGAAGUAUAUGAUUGUCAAAAAGGCACUUGGUCAUUACAAAACUCAUCUGCAUGUAUUCCCUGCCCAGCUGGUUUUCAAUGUCUUUCAACUCAAACAAAUUCUCAGAUUGCAUGUAGACCAGGUGAAUAUUCAUUGGGUAACUCAGAAACGUGUUUUCCCUGUAAUCCUGGUGCAUUUUGUGAGAGCACAACAUCGGUUCCUGUUAAAUGUCCUGAUGGAUAUUACUCAUUGGGAAAUGCAACAAAAUGUACUCAAUGUGAAGCAGGAUACCAGUGUUCUGACCCAACUGAGCCUAAUAUGUGUCCUGUUGGUACAUAUUCUCCGAGUGGUAAAACAGUUUGUUCCUUGUGUGAUCCAGGGUAUCUUUGUGUGGCAGGUUCUGUUAGUGCUUCACCUUUUAUUGGUACUUGUCCUGCAGGUGGUUAUUGUGAUGGUAAAACAUUUUACUUGUGUCCUGGUGGAACCUACAACAGUAAAAAUACUUCAAGAGAUUCCUCAGCAUGUGUAAAAUGCCCAGCUGGUUAUUAUUGCACUGGGCCUGGAUUAAUCUUUUAUGAUAUGUUUCCUUGUAAACCUGGAUAUUAUUGCCCAGAAGGGACACAGUAUUGGGAUGAAUAUCCUUGUCCAUCUGGUACUUAUAAUAAUAUGACAAAACAAAAUUCGAGUAAUGUGUGUAAAGAAUGUGAGUUAGGUUAUUAUUGCCCUAAAGGGACAGGUAGUUUAAUUGACAAAGAAUGCCCAUCUGGAUAUUUUUGCCCUAGAGGAACAGGCUCGGCAAAAGCUUAUGCUUGCAAUGUUGGAACGUAUUCAUCUGAACAGAAACUUGGCAAUGCAAGUCAAUGUAUUGAUUGUCCUGUGGGUCAUUAUUGUCCUGAUGGAAGCAAAGGAAAACCCACAGUUAGUCCACUUCCAUGCCCUCCUGGCACAUACAACCCAAAUAAAAAAGUUGGAAAUAAAUUAGAUUGUAUACUUUGUGAUCCGGGUAAAUCUUGUCCUAUAGCUGGAUUAAAUGAGUCUACUAAUUUAUGUAGUGUUGGUCAUUAUUGUCCAAAAGGUACAAUAGUUAGUUAUCAAUAUCCUUGUCCGCCUGGAUCUUAUUCAAAUUCUACUAACCUUAAGUCACCAGAGGAAUGUCUUCCAUGUCCACCCUCAUUUUUCUGUACUUGGGGAACUGGUUUUCCUAAUAAGCCAUGGAGACCAUGUCUUCAAGGAUAUUAUUGUCCAUCAGGAACUCCAUCACCUAAAAAGUAUCCAUGCCCUCCUGGAACAUUUACUAACAGUUCAUCUUUGUAUGAUGUUAGUCAAUGCACUGACUGUCCUGAAAAGUAUUACUGCAAUGGAGGUGAAGCCACUAUGUCAGGACUGUGUCCACCAGGUUUUUACUGUAAAAAAAGUACAAAAUUUGCAAACGAAUUUGCAUGUCCAAAUGGAACUUAUAAUUCCAAGUUUGGAAUGUCUAGUAUUGAUGACUGUAAAAUUUGUCCAUUGGGUCAUUUUUGUGAGAAAGGAACUGUUCAGCCGUAUGAAUGUCCACUUGGUACUUAUAUGCCAAAUGGUUAUAAUAAAACAUCUAUGUUAUCAGUAGGAAAGUCUGCAGGCUUUCAAAAUGAAUGUCUUACUUGUCCAGCAGGAUAUUUUUGUUUAAAUGCAACAGUUAUUCCCAAAAAAUGUGGUUUUGGAAAAUACUCAAAAUCUGGGCAAUCUGUUUGUCAAAUUUGUCCAAAAGGUUAUUUUUGUGAGAGUGAAGCAACCUCUAAUGUUGAUAUGUUUAACAGUAUGCAAUGCCCAGCUGGGAAAUACUGUUCUAGUGGACUUCAAAAAAAGUCUGAUGCAAAAGAUUGUGCAGCUGGAUUUUUUUGCGAGAAAGCUACUACUGAGGAGGUUCCUUGUCCUGUUGGUACAUAUAAUCCAAAUGUAUCUGGUACCUCCAUAAAAUCAUGUUUACCUUGUAUUUCUGGUUUUUAUUGUGAAGAAAAAACUACAAUUCCAGUUAAGAAGUGUGAACCAGGUUAUUAUUGUCCAACAAAUCUUACAGAUGGUGAAAUAGUAAUAGGAUCUUAUAGUUCCCAACAAGAACCAUGUCCUAGUGGAACAUAUACUAAUAUUACUGGAACUAUGACUAAAGAAGAUUGCAAGAAAUGUCCAAAAGGAUUUUUUUGUCCUGAAGGAAGUGAUAUUCCCAAAAUUUGUCCAAAAGGAUAUUAUUGUCCUGAGAGCUCAGGAGUUCCUUUUCCCUGUCCGAUUGGAACAUAUAAUAGUAGAGAAAAUUUGGAGUUUAGAGAAGACUGCACUCCUUGUUCACCCGGAUGGUACUGUGAUGCUCAAGGUUUAUCAACACCUCGUGCACCUUGUGAUCCAGGCUAUAUUUGUAUAUUGGGUGCUUAUAGAAGUACGCCAAAUGAUAAUAAAACUGGUAGUCCGUGUCCUUCAGGUGGGUUUUGUACAUCUGGUCAGUUUAAGAGCGAACCUUGUCCUCCAAGAACAUAUUCAAACACAGCAGGUGCAACCAAUAAUCAAGAUUGUCAAACCUGUGACCCUGGCUAUUAUUGUGAGAAGUCAAGCAGUCCAUCACCUGAUGGACCUUGUAAUCCAGGUUAUUUUUGUUCUAAAGGAGCUAUAUCUCCAAAUGAAACUGAAUCUUUGCCAGGUCACUAUUCACCUCGAGGAUCCUCUGAACAUAAACCGUGUGAUGUUGGAACAUAUCAGCCUUAUAGGGUGCAGAAAAGAUGUUUUCCGUGUAAACCUGGUCAUUUUUGUGACCAAACUCGAAUGAGCACGACUAAUCCCUGUCCUGUUGGUUAUUACUGCCCAGAAGGAAGCGAGAUACCUCAAUUUUGUCCUGCAGGUACUUAUAAUAACUUUACAAGAAAAUCAUCUUUAUCUGAUUGCUUACUCUGUCCACCAGGCAAAUACUGUGAAGCUGCGUCAAGUUCUAUAACAGGAGAUUGUGAAGAGGGAUUCUUUUGUAUUAGGGCAGCAGCUUUUGCUACACCCAUUGAAGGUGUUAAUUGGGGUCGUUUAUGCAGAGCAGGAUUUUAUUGCCCAAAAGGAACUGCAAUCGAAGUACCUUGUCCAGAAGGAACAUAUAGAUCUCUGGAUGGCGGCAAAUCAUUGUCUGAUUGCUCUCAAUGUGAAAAGGGCCAUUUUUGUCAAGGUCUUAAUAACACUAAACCUACCGGAAGUUGUAAACCAGGGUAUUGGUGCAACUUAGGUGUAACCUCAUCUACUCCAAGCAAUUCAUUAAAUGGUGGGCUUUGUCCUGCUGGAAGGUAUUGCCCUGGAAAAACUUCAGUUCCUGAACUUUGUGACGAUGGGUUCUAUGCUAAAGGCAAUGGUGCAAGCUCUUGCUCUGUCUGCCCAGCUGGUUUUGAAUGCAUUGGAAGUCCUCUUUUACCUCAACCUUGUCCUAAAGGCUACUAUUGCUUAGAAGGUAAUAGUUCUUUGACUGCUCGUGGAAAACGUUUAACUUGCCCUAUAGGGACAUAUGGGGCCUCUUUAUAUUUAAAAAAACCUGAAGACUGUUCACUUUGCCCACCUGGAAAAUACUGUGAUGGAACUAUAGUUGGAAAUUACACUGGGCUUUGUAAUGCUGGAUAUUGGUGCCAAGAAGGAGCUAAAAGUGCAAAUCCUAGCAGUUUAGAAUGCACAAAUGAAAACUGUCAAUUUGGUCCAUGUCCAAAAGGUGGGUAUUUUUGCCCUCAAGGGUCAUCAUCAUUUUAUCCUUGUCCUCCUGGUCAUUAUGUUCCUAAAGAUGAUUGUAUGUUAAAAUCAGUGAAGCAGUGCACAAAAUGUACUGCUGGUCAUUAUUGCAGUUUUGGAAAUCAAAACAGUCCAACUGGAUUAUGUUCUCCAGGAUAUUUUUGUUUAGAAGGUUCUUAUGAAAGUAAACCUAGAAAUGUUUCUUAUGGUGGGAUAUGCCCCCCAGGUACAUUUUGUAAAGAAGGUUCAAACAGAACAGAAUUCUGCUUACCAGGAACUUACAAUGACAAAGAAGGAAGUUCAAAUUGUUUAGGUUGUCCUCCAGGAUUUUAUUGCCCAUUUGGAAGCAAGUUACCAUUGGAUUGUCCCAGAGGGUAUUGGUGUGAAGAAAAUUCUACUUUAGAAUCCAUAAUUGCUUGCCCAGCUGGUACAUUCAAUAAUCUGACUCAAAGAUCUUUAAAGCAGCAUUGUAUUAAUUGUACAUCUGGUCAUUAUUGUGAUUCUCCAGGUUUAGUAAAUGUUUCUGGAGAAUGUGAGGCAGGUUAUUUCUGCUUAUUAGGCUCUGUUAGUGCAAAACCUUUCAUUACAUCUCAUGGUGGCAAAUGUCCUAUUGGGUCAUAUUGUCCUAAAGGUUCCUCAGUUCCAAGGUUAUGUGACAAAGGAAUGUUCUGUCCCAAUGAAGGUCUUAAGGAACCAUUUGGAAAUUGCUCAUCAGGAUAUUAUUGUUUACUUGGAGCUAGUACAUCGCAACCAAAUGAUAACAUUAAAGGAGGAAUUUGCCCAAAAGGAGCCUACUGUCCUUCUGGUUCUCACAUUCCUAUACUUUGUCCUCCAGGAACAUAUUUGAACACAGUUAAAAAUAAAGCAAUUACAGAUUGCAUCAGUUGUUCUGCUGGUUUUUAUUGUAGUGGUUAUGGAAAUCUGUAUCCAACUGGUUCUUGUAAUCCUGGUUAUUAUUGUCCAGAGGGCCAAGAAACGCCUAUUCCUGUAGCCUUUCAGUGUGGUGCUGGUUUUUAUUGCGGACUUGGCUCUAAAAAUCAAGUACCUUGUCCAUCUGGUUUUUAUCAAGAUAAAAUUAUGCAAGCAGUUUGCAAGACUUGCCCAGCCAAAUACUUUUGCAAUGCUAAUAAUGGCUCUGUUAUUAAUUUCUACAGUUUUAUAUGCCCCAAAGGAAUGUUUUGCCCAAGUGGUACUAGGUAUAAAGAUGAGUUUAAAUGUCCAAAAGGUACAUAUAGUAAUUCUACUGGAUUAGAAAGGGCCGAUCAAUGCACUCCAUGUCCUGCUAGGUUUUAUUGUGGCAAUGAGGGACAAAUUGAUUUUUCAACAAAGUGCAAUGCAGGAUACUUUUGUCGCAAAGGAGCUAAAGUUGCAGAUCCUGAUGGUGUUAGAGAUGGUGUUGAGUUUCUUGAUACACUGUUUUUUAACUACUCUAAUUUAAACUAUGGUCACUGUCCAAAAGGAUAUUAUUGUCCUUAUGGAACAGAUGAGCCUUUACCAUGUUUAAUUGGCACUUAUAACAAUCAAACACAUUCAAAAUCUAUAAAUGAUUGUAAACCAUGUCCAGAAGGAAUGUAUUGUUCUAUAAUGAGAGCAAGUGAGCCGACUGGGUUUUGCUGGGCUGGAUUUUAUUGCACAGGAAAUUCCACAAUUCCAAAUCAAUUUCCAUGUCCAAUGGGAAUGUAUUGCGAAUCUGGAACUCAUAUACCCAUUGCAUGUCCAAGGGGAACAUUUAGAAAUAUUACCCAUGGAACAAAGAAAACAGACUGUUUUAAUUGUACUGGUGGAAAGUAUUGUAAAGAGCUAGGCCAAAUAAAUCCAACCGGAGAUUGUAACCCUGGUUAUUAUUGUCCUCCUGGACAAUCUGAUCCUGAGCCAAUUGAAUACAGUUGUAAGUAUGGGCAUUUUUGUCCCGGUAGCACAUCAGAUCAAAUUCCAUGUCCUUCUAAUCAAAUGGCAAAUAGAACAAAUGCAAUUAAGUGUGACUCUUGUCCGAGUGGCUCAUAUUGCUUUCAAGCAGGAACUGGUAUACCUUGUUCAAAAGGAUUUUAUUGUCCUACAGGCACUGGAGUUGAUCUAAAACCAUGUCCUAGAGGUACUAUUGGAGUUGAAGAAGGCUAUAAGGAUGUAUCUGAAUGCCAACCUUGUCCAAGUGGAAAGUACUGUCAAUUUCAAAAUGCAUCAACAUUCACUGGAAAUUGUUACCCAGGGUAUUGGUGUAAGUAUGGCAUAGAUAGGCCAAAACCAAUUGGGACUUUUUUAAAGAAUAUUGUUUUACUUAAUUCAACCUGCUAUGAUGAUAAAGAAACAGGGUAUGGUGGAAUUUGCCCAAUUGGUCAUUUUUGUCCAGAAGGAUCUCAAGUUCCACUUGGCUGUAAAAUAGGAACCUAUGCUCCAAUUGCAGGGUUAUCAAGUUGUUAUCCAUGCAUGAAUGGCUUUUAUUGUCCUCUGGUUAACAUGACAAAUUACGAUACUUAUAUUUGUCCGAGAGGCCAUUUUUGUCUAAAUGGUACUGGUGCAAUUAGUUUAGACACAGCCUGUCCACUUGGAACUUACUCAAACAAAACUGGUUUAAUAAAUUCUAAUUCAUGUGUUCAGUGUACUGCAGGAAGAUAUUGUGAUCAAAAAGGUUUAAUAGCACCUACUGGUAUGUGUGAUGCAGGUUACUUUUGCCUGAGUGGUGCAAAAUCAUCAAAACCCAUUCAAAACAAAGAUGCAAAUAUUUGUCCACCAGGUUAUUAUUGUCCAAAAGGCACUGUCAAUCCAGUUCCAUGCAAAAAGGGAACAUUUAGUUCAAAGACAGGUUUAAAAGCAUCAUCUGAAUGUGAAAAUUGCAAAGAGGGUUUCUUCUGCGAUCAAGUAGGGCUCAACUCAUCAUAUAGUUUAUGUGAAGAAGGUUUUUAUUGUCCAGCUGGUACAAAGAGUUCACAAGAAUUUCCUUGUCCUGCUGGUUAUUACUGCAGAGCAGGUUCUUCUACACCUACAAGUUGUGAUGCAGGAACUUUCCAACCAAACAUUGGAAGAAUCAAAAAAGAAGAUUGUCAAUAUUGUACACCAGGUUUUUAUUGUGGAGCAGCAGGGCUAAAAAAUGUAAGUGGUAGUUGUUAUUCUGGCUGGUAUUGCCCAAUUGGCAGUUCUUUGCCAUCACAGUAUUUAUGUCCAUCAGGGUUUUAUUGCCCACAAGGGAGUAGUGAGCCUCAACCAUGUUUAAAUGGGUAUUUUACAAACACAACAGGCCAAACAAGUUGUACUUUAUGCCCAAAAGGAUUUUACUGCUAUCCUUUAGCUUGGAAACAGUCAUUGAAUUUUACUCAAGGUUACAAGUUAUGCUCACCAGGGUUUUAUUGCCCUACUGGAGUCAACAUGAUAAAAUGCCCAGCUGGGACAUAUUCCAAUCUAACUGGAUUGACACAAGCUUCUGAAUGUAAACCAUGUGAUCCAGGUUAUUAUUGUUCUGGUAACAUAUUAGUGCAACCAGAUGGACCUUGUGAUGAAGGAUUUUAUUGUACAUUAGGUGCAAGUGUACCACGUCCCUUAGUAAGUUCAUACAAUGUUACAAAUUAUUCAUGUCCUUAUACUUCACUUUUCGGCAAUUCUUUCAAAGGAAUUGGAGAUAUUUGUCCUAAAGGCCAUUUUUGCAAAAAACAGUCAUGGAAGCCUCAACUUUGUGCUGCUGGUACCUUUAAUAGUGAUGUAGGCCAAGGAAAUUGCAGUAUAUGUCCUGCAGGAUAUUUUUGUCCAGAAGGUUCAGUUUCUUACUUGAGAAAUGAAUGUCAAAAAGGUUAUUUCUGUCCAUUGGGCACAAGUCGAGGUGAUGAAUAUCCAUGCCCUGAAGGUACUUAUAAUAACAAACCUAAACAAAAUUCAUCAAAUGCAUGUCUACCUUGCCCUAAAGGAAAGUAUUGUUUAGGAGUUGGAAAUAUUCUUCCAACUGGUGAUUGCAAAGGUGGUUGGUAUUGUAAUUCUGGUUCAGCAUCUUCUACACCUGUUUUGACUGGAGGUCGUUGUCAACCUGGUUUUUAUUGUUCUACUGGAAGUUAUGAACCUGUUCCAUGUGAGCUCGGAACUUUCUGUGACACAUAUGAGUUGAAAAGUCCUUCUGGAAAUUGCUCUGCUGGUUUUUACUGUCCUAAAAUGUCAACAAAUAAAACAUCUUUGUCGUGUCCUUUGGGAAGAUUUUGCUUAGAAGGAGAUAAACACCCAAGAAUAUGUCCACAAGGGUAUUUUAUAAAUGUACAGUAUGCUAAAUCUAUAAAUGACUGUAUACCAUGUACAGCAGGUAAGUAUUGUAGUGAACCCGGAAUACAGACUCCAACUGGCGAUUGUGACCCUGGGUAUUAUUGCCCAACCGGUUCUGUUUCUAAAAAAGAAAAAAUAUGUGACUUUGGUCAUUUUUGUAUCCGAGGAAGCGUAAAACCAGAACCUUGUUCUUCUGGUGAAUACCAAGAUGAACAAGGGCAUAGCUCAUGUAAACUUUGUGUUGAAAGAUUCUUUUGUGAUUCCAAAUAUGGGCCUGUCAUUAAUUACACAGUAUCAAUUUGUCCUCAGGGAUUUUUUUGCCCACCAGGAACAAAAUAUGCUACUGAAUAUCCUUGUGAUGUAGGGACUUUUAAUAAUGUUGUUGGAAGAGCAAGUAAAAGUGAGUGUUUGCCUUGCUUGGGUGGAUUUUAUUGUGGAAGUAAAGGUUUGACUUACCCUACAUCACCUUGUAGUGCUGGAUAUUUCUGUAAAUCUGGUUCAAGGUCAGAUAAACCUAAUGAAGGAUCAAAUGCUAAUAUUUGUCCUUUAGGUUUCUACUGCCCAAUAAAUACUAUAAACCCAAUUCCAUGCCCAACUGGGACUUUAGGUCUUCUAGAAGGUUUAAUUUCAGAAAAUAACUGCAGUACAUGCCCAAGUGGAAAAGCAUGCGACAGACCAGGAGAAUUUAAUGCUAGUUUUUGUGAACCUGGCUACUAUUGUCCAAAUGGAUCUUAUCAUUCAAAGCAAUUACUCUGCCCAAAAGGAAUGUAUUGCCUUGGAGGAGAUGAUAAACCAGAAGACUGUCCUGUUGGAACUUACUCUGUUUUGCCUGGAUUAUCUGACUCUGCUCAAUGUCAGCCAUGCCCAAGAGGUAAAUUUUGUAAUAAAACAGGUUUGGUUCUCUCAAGUGGUUCCUGUACUAAAGGUAGUUUUUGUCCAAUGGGUAGUGGCACUAAGCUCCAAGAUUGUCCAAUUGGAUUGUUUUGUCCUGAAGGAAGUGAAUCUGCUUUGAGUUGCUUGCCAGGAUUUUAUACAAAUACUACUAAACAAUCCUUAUGUAAAGUUUGUCCUGAGAGAUACUACUGUUUGCCAUUUAAUUUAACAUCUGACUUAACUUAUGGUUAUGCAAUAUGUCCACAAGGCUACUAUUGUCCAAGUGGUACUGGUCUUAAUUGGAAGCCAUGUCCUCAAGGAACUUUUAGUAAUAAAACUGGGCUUGCAAGUAUAUUUGAAUGUACUACUUGUGAGGGAGGAAAGUACUGUUCUGAGUUACAUGCAAAUAAAGCUUCAGGUUUGUGUGCAGCUGGUUAUUAUUGCACUCAAGGCGUUGAUUACCCAAAACCACUUGGGAUUUCAUAUAUAAGUAACUGCACCAAGCAACACACAGUUAUUGGUGGAAUAUGUCCAGCUGGAAGUUAUUGUCCUGAAGGUUCUACCUACCCAAUUCCAUGUUCUGAAGGAUCUUAUCAAGACGAAGAAGGCCAAUCUAGCUGUAAAUCGUGUCCUGCAGGAUACUACUGUUUAAAUAAUACAUCAAAUUAUUUAAUAUUUAAAUGUCCUAAAGGACACUUUUGCUCAGUUAAUACAACUUUUCCGUAUCAAAACAAAUGUCCGAUUGGUACUUACAACCCUAUUGAAGCUCAAGUGAGUUUGAAUGCAUGCAAACCAUGUGAUAAAGGGCAGUAUUGUUUAGAUAAAGGAAGUUUCAAAACCACUGGUGUUUGCUCAGCUGGAUAUUACUGUCCAGGUGGCUCAACAAACUCAACAAUGUAUCCAUGUCCAAAAGGUUUCUUUUGUCCUGAAGGCUCAGCUAUACCACUAUUAUGUUCUUCUGGUUACUAUUGUCCUCAAGAAAAAUUGACUAAUCCUAUUCAUAAAUGUGCUGCAGGCUAUUUUUGCAGCUUAGGGGCUAUUGAUGCCAUUCCUGAUAUUUUAAGUGGUGGAGGUUGUCCUGUUGGUCAUUUUUGCCCUGAAGGAUCAACAUUACCAACACCUUGCCCUAUAGGAACAUUUUCAAAUACUACUUUAAACAAGAACAUUGAAAAUUGCACGCAAUGUUUGCCAGGUUAUCAUUGUGGCCAAACAGGUUUAUCUAGUUAUGAUGGUCUUUGUAGUGAAGGUUAUUUCUGUUCUGGAGGUGCAAUAAAUAAUACACAGUUUAUUUGUCCUUUGGGGCACUUUUGCAAGAUUGGAAGUGCAAAGCCUCGGCCAUGUGCAUCAGGAAUGUUUCAAGAUGAGCUUGGACAAAAAGAUUGUAAAUACUGCAAACCAGGUUACUAUUGUGAUGCUACAAUCUCACCAAUCAGCAAUUAUAGUUUGUUUCCUUGUCCGAAAGGAUUUUAUUGCCCUGAAGGGACUUUUUAUUCCACGCAAUAUCCUUGUCCUCUUGGGACUUUUUUGAAUCGAUUGAAUGGUGCAUCUAUGAAGGAAUGCACAUUGUGUACAGGUGGUUUUGCCUGCAAUGUUAUUGGUCUCAGUUAUCCAAUAACACUUUGCUCAGCUGGUUACUUUUGUAUUGAGGGAGCAAUUGAUAGUAAACCAAACCAAGAUAAAGCUAAUAUAUGUCCUCCAGGAUAUUAUUGUCCAGAAGGUUCUGCUCAGCCCACACUAUGUCCUUUUGGUUCUUUUAGAAAUUUAAGUCUUGGAAAGUCUGUUGAUGAUUGUUCAAAAUGUACUGGUGGAAUGUUUUGUAAUGAUACUGGUCUUAUUUCACCAAAUGGGUUUUGUAGGCCUGGGUAUUUUUGCCCAAUCCAGUCAGUUAGUUCAACACAAGUUAAAUGCAUGCCAGGUAAGUAUUGUCUUGAAGGCACAGAAUUUCCUCAAGAUUGUCCUAUUGGAACAGCUUCAUCAAGUAUUGGUUUAGAAAGUUCUUCUCAGUGUGAAUUAUGUCCAAAAGGUUUUUAUUGUAAUUCAACUGGCCAAAUAAAAGCAACUGCACCAUGCUCUGCUGGUUAUUAUUGCCCAAGAGGUAGUACCAAUUCAACAGCAGUAGUUUGUCCUGCAGCAAUGCAUUGUCCUGUUGGAAGUAGUGAGCCAAAAUACUGCAGUGAAGGAUAUUAUUCAAAUUUUACUCAAGCUGAAAAAUGUCUCAAAUGUCCAUCAGGAUUUUAUUGUGUAAAUGAUUUUGUUAUUCAAGGAGAUGCAUCUUCUGGCAUUCAUAUAUGCCCACAAGGUUACUUUUGCCCUACUGGAACUGGAAAAAAUUUUAUUCGUUGUCCUAUUGGUUCAUAUAGCAAUCGAACAGGAUUAUUUAAAGAAGAAGAGUGUACAUCUUGUGAUGCAGGAAUGUUUUGUGAUGGUACUGCUUUGACAUUUCCUUCUGGAGAAUGUGAUAAAGGUUAUUUUUGUAUAUCCGGCAUCAGCACUAGAAGACCACAAAUAAUAAUUAAUAGGAACUGCUCUGUGCAUUUUUCUGUUUUCAGUGUUGGGGGAAUAUGUCCAGCAGGUUAUUAUUGUCCUCCUGGGUCUAGUCAUUUUAAAGCAUGCUUACCUGGUACUUACAGUAUCCAAGGAUCUGGAAGCUGUUACAUAUGUCCACCUGGCUAUUUUUGUUUAAACCAAACAUCAAAUUAUAUUGAAAACAUUUGCCCACAAGGUCAUUACUGUCCUCCAGGAACAAAAUAUGGCACUGAAUAUCCUUGUGAACCUGGAACUUUUAAUCCGUUAACAGGUGCAAGUAACAAUUUAUCGUGCAUACCAUGUCCACAAGGAUUUUACUGUGAGGGAUAUGGAAACAAAGUUGUGUCUGGUAAAUGUUACGGUGGAUAUUACUGUCCUGGAAGAAGCAAAUCACCAAUUCCUUCAAGUUAUAAGUGCAAACUAGGAUAUUUUUGUCCAAAUGGUUCAUCAGAAAUGACAAGAUGCAGUGGUGGGAACUACUGCUCAACAUCUGGAUUACUUAAGCCUACAGGUCAAUGUGCCCCAGGAUAUUAUUGCAAUAUAGCAUCUACUCGACCAGAUGAAAGAGUUUGUCCCAAGGGAUUUUAUUGUAACAUAGGCACAGAAAUACCAUAUGCCUGUCCAAAAGGUACAUAUUCACUCUUUGAACAAGGAGAAAAUCAAUCAGUUUGUAUUUCUUGUACAGCUGGGCGAUUUUGCAAUAAUACAGCUAUGACUUCACCUGGCUCAUUAUGUGCUGCUGGCUAUUUUUGCCCAUUAGGGCAAUUUGAAGAAAAACCUUAUUCUUAUAUAUGUCCAAAAGGUUUUAAAUGUGUCGGUGGUAGCAUUGUUCCUGAAAAGUGUGAAAAUGGAACCUACCAAAAUGAAUUUGGUCAAGUUAAAUGUAAACCUUGUUUAAAGGGUUAUGAUUGUUAUAAUUUUUAUAAUUUUACUGAAACUUUAUGUCCGAGAGGAUUUUAUUGUCCUGAAAAGACAGCUUACUCAGAAAUCUUUGGAUGUCCAACUGGUACUUGGUCAAAUCGUACUGGUCUUAAUGAUUCUAUAGAGUGUGAUCCUUGUCCUCCUAAAUAUUUCUGCAAUAAGAUUGGUUUAACUUCUCCAGAAGGUUUAUGCGAAAAAGGCUUUUUUUGCAAUGGUAGUGCUACAAAUCCGAAACAACAUGAAUGUCCAAUAGGUUUUUAUUGUACUGAAGGUUCUGAAAAACCUAUACCGUGUCCACCAGGUUCUUUUGGCUUACUUCCUAAGUUAACUAAUGCUAGUGAUUGCAUACCAUGCAAUCCAGGAAAAUGGUGUGACUUGGUUGAAAAUGUUUUUAUUGAAAAAAACUGUUCUGGUGGUUUUGUUUGUGUAUCUGGAUCAGCAAGUCCUAAGCCAAUAAAUAGUUCUCAUGGAUAUAUAUGCCCUAUUGGUCAUUACUGCAUUGAAGGAGGUUUAAAACCUAUUUUAUGUGAUGUAGGUUUUUAUGCUCCAAUUCAAGGACUAAAUUUUUGUUUUAAUUGCCCUGCAGGUUUUACUUGUCCUAGUAAAGGAUUAUCUGAACCCUUAAGUUGUCCUUCAGGAUUUUAUUGUUUAGAGAACACUAUCAAUUGCACAGGUAUAGCUUGUCAUGAAGGUUCCUACAAUCCUUUUAUGAAUAAGACAAGUGUUAAGGAUUGUUUGCCAUGUCCUUCUGGAUAUUUUUGCAAUAACACUGGACUUUCUGGUCCAUCUGGUGAGUGUGAUGCAGGUUUUCUUUGUUUAAAUGGUUCUACCAUACCUAAUCCUUUGUCUGGUUUAUGCCCUAUAGCUAGUUAUUGUGAAAAAGGAGCAACUUUUGCUAAAUUAUGCCCACCUGGAACUCUUGGUAAAAAGGAUUUGUAUGGGGCAAAAUCAAUUUCUGAUUGUGUCCCAUGUGAACCUGGAAUGUAUUGUGAAAGCCCAGGCUUGUUAAUUCCAACAGGACCUUGUGAAAAAGGUUUUUUUUGUCCACCAUAUGCAAAAGUAAGUAUUAAAAAUCCUCAACAUUAUAAGUGUCCAAAAGGUUUUUACUGCCUAGAAGGAUCAUCGCAACCAUCACCAUGCCCACCUGGUACCUAUCAGCCAUCAGAAAAUGAAUGGAAAUGUUUUGAUUGCAUUGCUGGAUAUUAUUGUCCAGAAAAUACAUCUCAACCUUUAAUAUGCCCACCAAAUCACUACUGUGUUUUUAAUACCUCUGUUCCUUCACUUUGUCCUGAUGGCACAUUUACAAGCAGUAGUGUUACAGGGUUAACUAAUCCAGAAUCUUGCAACCCAUGUCCUCCAGGUAAAUAUUGUAUGAAUGGAACUUUAAACUCAUGCGAUGGUGGUUAUGUCUGUAUUACUGGCAGCAAAGUUCCUAAUCCUACUGAUGGAAUUCAAGGUAUUGAAUGUCCCCAAGGUUAUUUUUGUCCACCUCAAUCAUUAGAUAAAAUUCCCUGCACAAAUGGAUUGGUAAUUUACCAAAAAGGUCGAUCAAAUUCUAGUGAAUGUCAACCUUGUCCAAAAGGUUACAUUUGUACUGGUGGAAGUACUAUUCCUGUUGCUUGUGAUAAAGGAUAUUAUUGUCCAGAUAUUCUUACAAGAAAACCAUGUGAAAAAGGAUUGUACAAUAGUGAAAUAGGAGCAUUUAAUAUUUCAUCUUGUCUUGAUUGCCCAGCUGGAUUUUGGUGCAGAAUUGAAGGUACUGCUAACUAUGAACAGAAUCUUUGCCCUGUCGGACAUUAUUGCUCCUCAGCUACUGUAUCUCCAAAACCUUGCCUACCCGGAACAUUUCUAAGUUCAUCUGGUGCUGUUUCUAAAAGUGAUUGUGUUAAUUGUCCACCAGGGCAUUAUUGUCCUACACCAGGAUCUGUAAUUUCAAUACCAUGCACAAAUGGUACUUUUUGUCCUAAUUCUACAGUGCAUCCAACUUUAUGUGAAGCUGGAUUCUAUUGUCCUGGUGCUAAAGAAAAAGUGUCUUGCCCAAGUGGCUUUUAUUGUCCUAUUGCAUCUGAAUCUCCAAUUCCUUGUCCACAAGGGCAUUACUGUCCUAGUGAAGAUGAAUGUUUAACAAAAGCUCCUGGCUCAAUAGAACCACUGUUUUGCCCUUUGGGAUACCAUGAAAAAGUGAGUGCACUUAGAAAAAGUUUCAAUGAUACAUGCCAAAAGUGUCCGCCAGGAACAUAUGGCAAUGGAAUUAAUUGUAUCAUUUGUAAACCUGGUAUAAUAUGCUUAGAAGGUUCAAUAAGUGAUGACCCUAAUUUGGUAAAAAAUAUAUCAGAUAAAACUUAUCGCUGUCCACCUGGCUACUAUUGUCAAGCUGGUGAUAAAAUACCUCGCCCAUGUCCAAAAGGCACCUUUAAUGAGUAUGAGUUAGGAACCAGCAUCUCAAAUUGCACUUUAUGUCCUCUUCAUCAUUAUAAUGACCUUCUUGCUCAGAAUAGAUGUAGAUCUUGUGGUAGUGUUGCAAAGCAACCUUUUAAAGGAAAAGAAAAAUGCUUGUGUGAGGGAUUACACCGAGUUUUUAUUGAAAGUGAUCAAACAUGUGUUUGCGAAAAUGGUUAUGAGACAGAAGGAAAUGGUUUGGAUUGCUUAAAAAAACUUUAUGAUAUUUGUGAAGAAGGAGAAUGGAGAAACCAAGAUGGAAAGUGUUUGGAUGAAAAAAGCUGGAAUAAAUAUUGUAGUAAUUUAUGUAAAGAAAAGUUUGUUGGAUUGAAUAGAGAGCUUGGAUUAUGUUUGUGUAAAGUUGAUGACCUAGAGACAAUAUGUAAUCAAGAAUGUCGGAUUGCACAACAUAAUAGGCUACAAUACGUUUGUACGCAUCCAAUCAAGAUAAGAAUCAAUUUUGAAAACAAAACCAAUUAUGAAGUGCAGCAAGAAAAAUUUUUGCAUGCUCCAAAUUUUAAAUCAGUUUUUUCAACUGAUAAAUGUUUUUCACUUGAUGGUAGUGUUCAUUCUAUACCUUUUAUAAGAUCUGGUAGUUCAGGUUUUCUUGGAGUUUAUAACCCUCCAGCAGAGUUCUUGAAGCAAGCAUUUGAUAAAUCAACAUAUAUUCGAAAGCCCAGAUCUAUUUCAGAACCUAAUUUGAUUGGUAUAAAUAAUCCAGUAGUGUGUAUUCAUCUCAAUGAUGUAAUCAUUUUUGGUGUGUCUGAAAAGUACUUUCCACAAUAUGACGAGAUCAAUUUGUUUAACACAAAUCCAAGUUUUGAUUAUGUUGCUUUUAAAAAUUUAGCCCAGCAGCUUCAGCAUUCAGAUAGCAUACCAAGUGUUUUUGCAUUCCGAUUUCAAACUGAAGGUGUUUAUGUUUUUAAGAUGAGUUCUUCAAAUGAUCACAAAAUGUAUAUCAGAGUGAUGGGUGUUGGAUCACAGUGUGUUGAGGAUGGCCCAUUUUUUCCAUCCACUCCUCGAAGUAUCAUUCAAAAUGGAAUUGCAUUUGAUAGUAUGAUCUUAAUAAAACCGAAUUGGCUUGUUAUAGGCUUGUUGUUAAGUGGUGGCUUACUUUUAGUGUUCAUAUUUGUAUUAGCGCUGUUUCUUUUUAAAACAUACGGUUGGAAAAAGAUUCUUUAUCUUGACUCAAAAAAUAGACAAAAAGCAUUAGUUUAUAACUUCGAUAGUUAUUCAUCUAAAGGGGCUGCUAUAAAUGCUCAAAAAAAGUAUAAUAAUGCAUUGGAUAGUUUUCAGUUCAACAUGUCAGAUAAUACAGCAAAAGUAGAAUCAAUAGAAUCCUCUAAAAAUGAUGUUUACUGGGAUUACGAUCAUCAGAUUGAUUUGGAUAUGUUUAAUACAAAAAAAUAUUACGCAACAUUGGCAAAUCAGACUUGUGAAGUAACUGCUGAGCUUGCAAAACAGAAAAAUCAGGUCAAACAGUUAUAUGGUAUGUUUUGUAACCAAACUAAUUCUCUGAAGCAAAUGUGGGCUAAUAAAAUGAAUGUCAAUGUUAGUGAUAUCUUAUCAACAUCAUCAGAUUUAGAGUCUUAUGAGUUUCUAAGGCAACAGCUGGAAGAUGAAUUAAAACGUCGAAAAGAUCUUGGUUCUAAGUAUCAUAAUGUUUUAAAAAAACAAGAUGACAUUUUGAAGCAAGAAGAAGCUGCUCGUGAAAGACAUCAGGUUUUAUUUAUGUGUGCUAUCAAUGAAAUUCAACGUUUAUUAAAUGAGUGGCAUAAUCGAAAAGAAGAUUCUGAUGAUCAAGAUCUUUACAAACAACUAAAAAGUCACAUCGACAUUGUAACUGCCAAUCUUAGUACUGAUAUAUCUAUUGAAGCUACGAGAAGAGGUGCAUUUGGUAUAGUAUCUCAAAAUAUGGGUGCGAUUAUUCUAGAUUGGGUGGGAAAUGCUGUACAGCGAGAUCAAAUUUUUAACAGUGAUAAUUCAUUUAUUGAGAGCAAUCAAUUAGUGACACUUGAUCAAAAAACUGGUUUGUUAAUACCCAAUCAAAAAAAUGUGAGCAUGCUAUUAGCAGAUGGCAUUACAAGUGUUGAUGUUCCAAAAGGUUUUUUUUUGCAUCCUGUUACGUGGAGGGUUUACCCAAUUGAAGGUAAUGUUUAUUUUGAUCCAGUCUCUAUGCAGUUAGUGUUUACUUCUGACAGUGUAAAUGGAGAAGCAUCAAAUUCAAGUUCUCGACUAAUACCUUAUAUUCCUUACCCAAUAAACCCUGAAACUGGACAGCCAUUUAUCAUUAAACUUCAACCCUUGAUCAAAAAAAGUGAUUUGGUAUACUUAGGUCCUAUGUUUGAUGGAGAAACGGGGCAAACUGUACCAAUAUUAGGAAUUACAAUCCAUCCUGUAACAGGGAAAGCCUAUCCAGUUGGUGGAACACAUAUUGAUCCAUUAACAAAUCUAUUGGUUCCAAUUGAAAUUGGUUCUAUGUUUAUUGACCCUGUUAUGCUAUCUCCAGUUCCUAUAAUUGGAAUCACUUUUAGCAAUAUCACAGGUGAUGUUAUUCCAAUUGGUGGGAUGAGAACUGAUGACCCAUCUAUUCCAGUAUUGCUGUAUGAUAACUUUAUUGACAACCUUUCUCAAAAAGAUGCAAAAGUAACAAGUGCUCGUCUGUUAGACUUUAAUGAUUGGCAUACUGAGCCAUUGAAUGGAGGAGAAAGAGCACUUUUAGAUGUCAAUGAGUUGUAUCAUGAAACACAAGUACUUGAUGUUCUUCAUGCUCUCAACAAACCAGUAUUUAAUAAAUUGACAUUUUAUGAUGAAUUGAAAAGGUUGAAAAUUAUUUUACAAAAUUUAAAGUUAGCAAGAGCAAGAGUUAAAACUAUCUUCAUAAGAGAAAUGUUUGACUUAGCGAGACGCAUUAAACAAACUUCAGUAAUUGCAGAGACAGGUGGCUGUCUUGGAAUGUAUGAGUUUAUGUCAACAGGACAAUAUCUUCCUAUAUUAAUUGGUACAAAAAUGAAGGAUCCUUCAGGCUCUAACCUUGAUGUCCCUAUUUUAGGGGUAGAGAAGAAUAAGGAAACAGGAUAUUGGUUUCCAUUAGGUGGAACCGUUGAAGAUUUUUUAGGUGGAGGUUUAAAACCAAUUAUGUUAGGUGAUCUUGUUGUAGAUAGCGUAACAGGUAACAAUGUUCACUGUGUAGGUGUUAAGUACAAUUUUGAGAAUGGUAUCACUGAACCUUUGUUAUCAAAUAUGGGAAAAACAAUGAAGCAAAAACCCCCUUUGAUUUCACAACAAAUUUUAAAUAAUGAGAUAAAUGCUAGAACAACUUUUUGGAAAGACCAAAUAAAACUUGAGAACGAUAUAUAUCUUUUAGCUAGAAUUAUUCAAAAUAGUGUAAAGAAAAAAGAGCAAACCAUGUCAGCAGAUAAUUCCCUAAAUAAUUUGCUGAAGUUUUGUGAUGACCUGAACAAGAAAAGCUAUCUUGAAUUGCAGCGUCGUUUUAACUCUACCACGGAACAUGCAUCUGCUCUGCCCCCAGAAGUUGUAUCUAUGCUAACUUUAUGUGAUAAUUUUGAACAUCAAAGAGAAGAGUGUGUUCACCUAACCCAUUCUAAACUUUCUGGAGAUAUUAAACUGUUGUUAAGUCAAGAAGAUCAAUUAUCUAGAAAAAUGGACGCAUCAAGUAACAAAGUUGACUUCCAAUUGCAAAACAUUCUCGAUGAAAUGUUUAAACAAAUUGAGUUACUUAGCAAACAACAUGCUUCACUCAAGUAUAUUAGAGAAAAAUCUAAGCUUUGUGCAUUUGAAGCAAAGAAACUUCUUAACAAUGAAGGAUUUAACUCUAGUAUUUCUGAUGUUUUACUAUUUUUGGAUUCGGAAUCGAGUGUUUUUUCUGACAAAUCAAGUUAUGAGGUGUUAACAUUGCUCCAAAAGUUAAUAAAAGUCAUUGGAGACAAUGGACCUCUUUCUCAACACUUUGGAAUUGGUGCUGCAUCUUCUAACCAACUUUCAGCAAUGCAUAUGCCUUUAGAAAGUGUUCCCUUGACUACCGAAUUAUUUAAUGUUAAGGAGUAUGAUGGACAAAGUCCAUCUGCUGUGUUGGUUACUGUUGAUGCACCAGAAGGUUAUGCUGGGGGAUUAAUGGAAGCUGAUGACGAGAGAGGUGGAGUUGAGGGGAAAGCAGUUAUUUAUGAAAACAAUUUGUUUGCUUCAAGUGCAGUACCUUUGAGUUCAGUCAACUCUUCUAAGGAAUUUCUAUCUUGUAUUGAAUUUAAAAAGUUUGAUAUUGAUGGAACUGAUAACUUUAAAAAAAAUUUAGAUUUAAAAAGUGAUGAAAUGAAAAAAGAGAUUGUUAGCGCAUUGAUUGAGAAGCAGUCAUUAGAGUCGGCAAAAAUGGAAGAUCAGCUGCGAACCAAUGAAACAAAAGAAAUUUUUUCAAUUUUAACUGAUAUUGAUAGUAAAGAAAAGGAUGCUGUUCAAGAGAUUCAACAGGAGUUAAAGGGCAAGUUGCAAGGAAUUACUGAUGAAAAAGAACAGCAUAAGAUUGUUGAUGAUUAUGCCAAAAAGAUUCAUAAAGCAACUAGCAUGUUUUCGGAACUUAGAGAACGCCAAUUGAAGGCUGUGACCAAUAAAUUGGCAAAUGAAAGACUAUCAAGCCAAAUUACGUUAUCUAAUAAAUUUCAAAAAGAAGCAGAUGAGCUUGGUAUUGAGCUCCCUCAAAAAACUGUAAAUGAACAACAAGUUAAAGAUGAAAUUAAACAAAUACUAAAAAAUCAAGAAAGUCUCUUCAUUGAUCUUAAAAAAACUUAUGAAGAACAAGAAAGCUUAGAACAAGAAGAACUUGCUGAAAAACAAUAUCAAGAAAUGAAAAAUAGACUAACAAAUAUGGAUUUAAAAAUAACACCAGUAACAGAAAAAGAACUAAAUCGAUUAAAAUUGGAUCAUGAAAAAGGAGUUGCUUUUCGUAAUUCAAUAAAAAAUAAACUUAAGCUAGAAAGGAGUCUGGUGACAAAUAAAUCUGGAGACAAUGGUGUCAAAUCAGAUUUUGAGAUUGCUGCAGUAACCUCUGUUUUAGCUGAGCUUGCAAUACAUGAUGAGUUAGGAAAACAAAGGAAAGUGUUUACCUGGUUGUUAAAUGAAAACCAUCUUUCAGAGGAGGAGAAAAAAGAAUUGGUAAAUCGCUUUUUAGAAGAGCAGCAGAAAAUAAAUAAAAAGUAUGAUGAAUUGAAAGAAAACAAUGCAGCUGCUCUUAAAGCAAAGUUAGAAGCAAGAAGAAAAAUUCGAUGUGAUAAUGAUAAAGAAAAUGCUACAAGAAAAAUACUUCUUGAAAUAUCGAAUAGUGAACCAGUAAAUAGUCAGAAUGUUAACAAUGCAUUAGCUGAUCAUGUUUUGGCACAAGAGGUUUUACAAGCAGAACAAGAAGCAAAACAAGCUGCACUUUUGAUGCAACAUUAUAAGGAAAAAAAGAUGUUAGAAGAAGAAAUUGUAAAUGAGGAAAAGUUAGGAAAGGAUUUUAUUUUCAACCAAAUGAAAGAACAAAAAAAUAAGGCUCUUGAAGAGAAAAAAAAAACAUUUAAUGCUGAAUUAGAGUCCAAGAAGAAAAUGUUGUCAGAAGAACAACUUAAUAUUCUUUUUGAUCAACACAACCAAGAUUGUGAGUUCCUAGAAAGAAAAAUGGACUCAGAGAGAAAUAGACAGUUGGCAACGUUAGCUGAUAAAAUUGCUGAGAAAAAAGAAAAGGGUCUAAAACUACUGGGUCAACGUCAUGAAGCAGAUCUAAAACAGCAUGCUGUAAAUGAAAGAAAGGAGCGUCAAAAGUUAUUUGAUGAUCAGCUUCGUGAAAGCGAGAAUCUUGCAAUAAAAACAGGUAAUUCAGAACAAGGGGAGGAUUCAAUAAUAGCAGCUAUAAAGCAGCGUCAUAUGCGUGAAAGAAUAGAACAGGAAUUGGAAUUUGAAGAUGAAAUAGAAGCUUGUAAAAUUCUUGGUAAUGCGCAGCUUGCUGAAGAUAUUCAAAAUGAAAGAAAUAUGCUUUUGGCUAAGCAAGACAAGGAAUUUAUGGAAAUGAUAACGAAAGCAGGAGCACUUGAUAGUAAUGAUUUAGCACAAAAAAAAAUGGCUCUUAAGUUAAAACACAAAAAGCAACUUGCAGAAUUAGAUAAAAGAAAAGAAAAUGCUAAAGCAAAUUUAGAUGUUAUUCCAUCACUGCAAGUUAAGCAUGCUCAUGCAAGGUUAGAGCUUCGCGAGCGACAACUUAAUGAGUUAUCUGGUUCAUUAAAACAAUUAUCUACUGUAGAUGACAUUAAUAAUAAGUUUGCUGAGCAAGCAGAAAAAGCUGCACUUGCACUUGAGGAGUUUAAACAAAAAACUAUUUUUGAUAUGUCAAAAAAAAUAGAAGAUAUUAAAAGGGAUCGGCUAGAAAAGACAAAUAAACAGAAAAAAGCAAUGGAAGAAGAAGUUCGGAAAUUAGAGAUGCAAAUAGAAAAAGAAAAAGAAGUUGAAACAGUUCGUGAAGCUCAAAAAGAUUAUGAAAUGGAGAUUUUACGAAAGAGAAAGAUUGAUGAAAAAGCAGAAGCUGAACGAUUGGAAAUCCUACAAAUGGAAGUUGAUGAUGAAGAGAAAAAACGUCUUUUAAAAGAGCACGAAGAAAACAUUAGCAAGUUUGAAAUGAAAAUGAAAGAAGAACAAGAUCGCACAAAAAAAAUGCUUAGAAAAAAACUUGAAGAGAGAAGAAAAAAGAAAUUGAGUACAGGAAUGACUAAGAUUCAAGAAGAUUUUGAAGACGAGUCAUAUGAAGCUAUGCAAAAUGAAAAAGAAAAGCUUCUAUUUUUACAAAAAGGUGGCGCAGAAAUGCUGACUUCUGCAGUAAAAUCAUUAGUUGUGCCCACAUUCAUAAAAGAGGAAUUUUCUCAAAGUUCUCCAGAAAUAGCUGAGUUUAAGAAUAGGUCUUUUCCAUCUUCAUCUCCAUCAGAAAUUGCUGAGUUUAAGAAUAAGUCUUCUCCAUCACCAGACAAACAUCAGUGGUUAAAUAUUCUCUUUAAUUCUCCAUUAUUUAAAGAUGUUAAUGAAAUUGAAAACAUUCUUAUGAAAACCCCUACAUUAUCUCUCACAGAAAUAAUGCCAUAUAUUGAUAUAAAGGAUUUUCGUUGGUCCUGCCAAGGAGAACUCGUCAGUCUUGAUAUUAGUGAACUUUCACCUCAUCAAUUAGUUGUGUACCGGUUUGGCGUUUUCGUUUGUCAGCUAUUACAAGAAGCAAUGCAGAUUCCUCCUGUAAUGCUUCUCAUUGCCUCAAGUCUUCCAACAAACAAUUACAUUAAAAACGCAUUUCGUAAUUCUUUUUUCUAUGAACGUGCACGAAAAAUAUUGUUUAUACGUCAGGAGAGAAUGGAAAGUGUUGGAGAUUUUAUAGUGCUCAUCAUGCAUUGUUUGGCACACAUUAAAGUUGAUGAUCUUGUUGACGACGAAAAUGUUUAUUUCCUAAGAGAAUUUUACAAAGCGAUGCGUAUCUGUUAUCAAGAGAUGUUUUAUUCUCGUUCUCGAUCAGUUUCUUCGUUCGAUUUACCUUCUAAUCGAGUAAUUGGAAAUUAUUGGUGUUCUUUUCACACUAAUCUCGUUUGCAGUACUCCGUUUUCUUUAGAUAGAAAAUCUUUUAUAAAUGUAUUUAGCUUACUUAAAAAAUCUUCUGAAAAACAGAGCGCUGUUAAAGAGUUAAUAAACAUAAAAGCUAAAGACGAUGUUGUUCAAGAUUUUUCAGCUAACGGUAUUUUAGAACGUGUUAACAAGCAAAACAGAUUUGUUGACAACGAAAAAUUAAGAGCCUAUUUACAAUCAAUUAAUCCUGAUAACGUUGUAGACAUAUCAGAAACUCAUACAAACAUUAGAUUAAAAGAAAUUGCUGGGAACAAGGAAACUGGAAACAAAGAAACUAAGAUCCGUCGUAGAACAAGACGAAAGACCACUAGUGUUUGUCCUCCACUGAUGUCUCCCGAUGAAAUGAUUCAUUCUCAAAUUGAUGAACUAUACACAAAGAUUGAUCAUUUUAAUACAAGUAUUAUAUCUAUCGUUAAAUCUUCGUCGCGACUAUUAGAAAACUUACAAAGUCUUCAAGCCAGUGCUGCAUCUUCUGAGAUUAUUAAUCGUACACGUAAACAAUGGGAGGAACAAAACCUUCAAAAAGAAAAUAUUUUGAAGAAGCUAAAGUUGUUAGAAGAAGAGGUUUUUCGAAAAGAAAAAGAAUUGAAAAGAAUAUAGUUAAACUCCAUUAUAAAAAGUUAAUUUGACUUGUUUUUAAACUCAUAAAUAAGCUCAAACGUACCUUAAACAAACACAACUAUUUUACAAUAAAACAUAUAAAUUGCCUAUAAAUCUAUUCCCAUUUAUUUUCAUACUUAUAAAUAUCCGUGUAAAUAUUUUAAAGUUUUAUGCAUCAUUUAUAUAUAGUCUCAAAUAUUUAUAGAAUAUGGUUUAAAC